CGGCUGGGCCGCACGGCGGCCGGAGGGCGGCGGGCUCGGGAGGAGCGGGCGGGGCGAGCCCGAGCCCGCCUUGUGCCCCGGUCCGCCCCGCCUGUGUGCCCCCGGCCAGCGGCCUCCGCCGCCGCGGCCUGCAGCGCCGCGACCCCCGCCCUGAGGAGCCGCCUUCCCUCAUCCCGCUGCCGCCAUGUCGGGCCUGCCUGCCCGCGCCGCGCUGCUGCUGCUGCUGCUGCUGGGGCCGCCCGGGCUCCUGCCGGCGCGGGCGCCAGGACGCGGCGGGCGGCCCCGCUACGAGCCCACCUGGGGCUCGCUGGACGCCCGGCCGCUGCCCGCCUGGUUUGACGAGGCGAAGUUUGGCGUCUUCAUCCACUGGGGCGUGUUCUCGGUGCCCAGCUUCGGCAGCGAGUGGUUCUGGUGGUUCUGGCAGAAGGAGAAGAGAAAGCCUUAUGUGAAAUUUAUGGAGGCAAAUUACCCACCUGGGUUCAGUUAUGAAGAUUUUGGGCCACUGUUUACAGCAGAAUUCUUUGAUCCCAACCAGUGGGCCGAUAUUCUGAACGCUUCAGGUGCAAAAUAUAUUGUCUUAACUUCAAAACAUCAUGAAGGCUUUACUUUGUGGGGGUCCAAAUAUUCUUGGAACUGGAAUGCUGUUGAUGUGGGACCAAAACGAGAUCUUGUGGCUGAACUGGCGACGUCUGUUCGAAACAGGACUGACUUGCGUUUUGGGUUGUAUCAUUCCCUGUUUGAAUGGUUUAAUCCUCUCUUCCUUGAAGAUGCCACCAAUGCCUUUAAGACAAGAAUGUUUCCAACCAGUAAAUCGUUACCAGAACUCUAUGAAAUUGUGACCAAGUACCAGCCAGAAAUAAUUUGGUCUGAUGGGGAUGGAAAUGCGCCGGAUACUUACUGGAACAGCACUGGUUUCUUGGCCUGGCUGUAUAAUGAUAGUCCAGUCCAGGACACAGUUGUGACCAAUGACCGUUGGGGAGUUGGCAGCAUCUGUACACAUGGUGGCUUCUACACUUGUAGUGACCGUUAUAACCCUGGCCACCUCCUGCCUCACAAGUGGGAGAACUGUAUGACUAUUGACAAAAGGUCGUGGGGCUACAGGAGGAACGCACAGCUUGAUGAUUACCUUACAAUCGAGGACUUGGUGAAGCAACUUGUAGAAACAGUGUCUUGUGGAGGAAAUCUCUUGAUGAAUAUCGGGCCCACUCACGAUGGUCGCAUUGCUGUUAUAUUUGAGGAGCGUCUGAGGCAGAUGGGUGCCUGGCUGAAAGUCAACGGGGAAGCCAUCUAUGGAACGAAACCAUGGAGAGCACAGAAUGACACGGUCACACCAGAAGUGUGGUAUACUUUCAGCCCUAAAGAAGGCAAAGUCAAUGCUGUCUUCCUUAACUGGCCAGGCUCUGGGACUCUGGAACUUGGUGAGCCAAGGGCUAAGCUUGGUGAAACACAGGUGACGCUGGUUGGCUACAAGGAACUGCUGAAAUGGGUUGCGCUGGGAGAAAAGGGAAUUGUUAUAGCUCUACCUCAAUUAAGUCCUAAGGAAUUGCCAUGUCAGUGGGGCUGGACUUUACAACUGACUGACAUAAACUGAGCCAUACACUGCUGGAGCCCUGGGUAGUACGGAACGCUGAUUUUUUUUGCCCGGUUUCUCACUCUUGCUCGCUUGACUGCGAAAUAUCAGUAACUUCACAUUUUUCAUGAAAGGCGGGUUAUCGAAGGAUGGAAUGAACCUCACAUGAAAUGUAGCACUAGAUAGUUCAAUUUCUGCAUACAGUUUGUUUCUUUGAACUUGUGUGAAAAACUGAGCAUUUACCUUGACCUCUCCACUCUUAAUCAGCUUCUUGCCAAGUUAUGUGAUGUGAAGUAUGGGGUGGGAAAAAAAGAGGCACUAGAUUUUUAAAGCUAUGAGAAAAAAAGCUAGCUCAUGCCAGUGUCCAAAUGCACAUAAGUCAGUCAGAUUUCUUACGUUAAAAAAGGGAUACAACUUCUACAAAACCAUACACUAAAACCUGUCAGUUUUAGAGAAAAUAAUAGACUUUUUCCAGUUGUGUGCAACAACUGGCAGCUUCAGCAGCGUAGGGUAACAGACCUGCAAGAACAGUCUUAGAAAGGUCAGGAAUUCAUCACAAAUGCAUGGAGGCAAUGCAUAUGCACAUAUCUUCAUUUCUUAUCAUGAAAAUCAUUGUUACAUGUUCCUAGUCUUGAGUAAUACUAUCCAUGAUUGGGAUGCAGGUAAAGUGGGAGGGUGGUUUUGCUGUUUUUGUAUAAUUUUACAUGGUUAAAGCUGACUUUUGUUUACAGCUAUUGUUUUUACACAGUUACCAGAGUGCCUUCUGGACUAUAAAACAAAACACAUACUUCAAUGACAACUGUUUGGUUUUUU